AUGAGUUCUGACCUGCCCCAGUCGUUGCGCGCUGCAAGCGACAGCCUCGAACCCCAAUGGGCAGAGGUCCAUCAAGAACACCCCAACGCCAUCGCAGUCGACUGUCUCCACGACCGUUCUCUCUGCGACGAGACUGAUCUAGCGUCUUUCCCGGCCAUCAGACUGUAUCUUAAAGACGGCAGCAUGCAAAGAUACCGCGGGCCCCGCAGGACUAAAGAUAUCACGGCUUUUGUGAAGAGAUUGUCGCGUCCAGUAAUCACAUAUGUCACGCAAAAUGCUGCAAGUGACUUCUCAAAAAGCGACAAUGUUGUUCUCGUCGCCAGACUGGCGAAUAACGACGACAGUCUGCGAGUGAGAUUCGACAAUUUAGCAAAGCAUUACCAUGACCGAUAUUCCUUUGGUGUUGUGCAAGGUUCAGAUACAUCGUCUAGCGUGAGCUGCCAUAACAACCUCGACAGCCUCCAGUUCAAUGCAAACGACCUUUCGGCAGUUGAUGCGUUACAGUCGCUCAUCCAUCAGUGCUCCACGCCUCUCGUGGCACAGCUCACGCGGAGGAACGAGAUGGAACACUUGAGUGCUGGCAAAUCGCUUGUAUCCUUCUUCGCCUCUGACCACAACCGACGGGAAGAGUAUUCCAGCGACAUCAGACAGCUCGCAAGAAACUUUCAGGAGUACCUCAACUUUGUUACUGUGGACUCUAGCGAGUAUCCCGACAUGCUAGUAGGGUUAGGACUUCCAAGAGACGUAUCUGAAGCAUUGGCGCUUCAGAACCCCCAAACUGGACAGAUUUUCCCGUACAUUGGCAAAAUUGACGCCAAAAGCGUGGAAGGUUUCAUUGUCGAUAUCUCCGAGGGCAACAUCCAGCCUUGGGAUGGUCAGUUGCCAGUGGCAGAGCAGGAUGGGGUCCAGAUUGGGCAUGAUGAAUUGUAG